AAAUUGAGGCCCUUGAGUUCAUUUCUCCCCGCUGAGGCCCCCGAGAACUCAGCCAAAGCCAAGAAUGGAAGACGAGGAGGCAGAGUUGUCCCUUCUGGCGGAUCUGGUGCAUAUCGAGAUCGGACGACGGGAAAAACGACCUCAUUGUAACAGAUGCUGUCGACCUGUGGCUGUGUGCUGGUGCCAGAGUCUUGACAAGCAGAUUGUGGAGACAUCAUGCCGAGUUGUGAUACUCCAGCACCCACACGAGGAAAAGCGAUGCCUUCGCACUGCCCCAAUGCUGCAGGCAGCUCUUCCCCAAAGGGCCAUAGAAUCAGGAAGAGGUUUUCAUUGACAAGGUAUCCACCAGCUGGCAAAUUUUUUGACAAUGAAAUUCAAAAUUUUUUUGUAUCCAGGAGAAGAAGCUAUGAGCCUCGAAGAGCUCCCUCCUGUUGGGAAGAACCAGCCUCCGUACAACAUAAUUAUCAUCGAUGGGACGUGGCAGCAGGCUAAGUCAAUGUUCCAUAAUUGCCACCAGCUGCAUUCACUGAAGCAGGUAAGACUGACUGGGAAGUACACCAGCGAGUAUGUGAUCCGCACGCAGCCCACUGAGGAUGCUCUCUCAACGGUUGAGACAGCUGCCAUUGCCCUGGCCACGCUUGAGCAAAACUGGUCAAUUUAUGACGUUUUGGUUCAACCACUACAACUUCUUUGCCAGUACCAG